UCGUAGAACAUGGAAGGCAUCUUAGAGUCUAAGACUAAAGUCUUUAUGAAGAUUUGUUGGAAAUACACUCUUCAGAGCUAGUACUAAAAUGUUUAGGUACAUUGCAGCAAGAUUUGUAGAGAGAAUAUCCAGCUUCAAAGCUACUUCGUCAAUAGCAAAAAAUGUUUUAGGGAUGAACUCGCCAUCAUUUAUAWUCUCCUUGCGUUCUUACAAGACAAUUGUCCUUAAUGAUGAUGAUCUCGAAGAAAAGUUUGUAAAGGGAUGGGGCAAAGGUGGUCAGAAAGUCARCAAAACCAGCAACUGUGUGGAACUCAAACACAAACCUUCUGGUGUUAUUAUUAAGUGCCAUCAGUCUCGUUCUCUGAUAAGGAACAGAGCGAUUGCACGAGAGAUGCUUGAGCGAAGGCUGGACUUUAUCUACAAUGGCAASCAAAGUGAAAUUGGAAAAGAAAUAGCUCAACGAAAAAAGAGAAAAUCUGAUCGUUUAAGAAAACGAAAGGCUAAAGAAGAAGUUCUAAAAAGAUCAGACCAUUUUUCUCAAGAAGAUGAACAAGAAUGAAAUAAUAAAGAGUAUAUUUUCUCAAGUA